AAAUUAGAUCAGUGAGAAAUACAAAUUAGUGCCAAAGUUUAAAGGGACUAGAAUAGAAACCAGUCUCCCUCGGGGAAGAAGAAAAGCAAUACUCCUCAAUCUCUUGCGAGGCGAAGCGUGCUACUGCAAGAAAAUAGUCGUAGCACUCCUGAAGAGGGAAAACGUCGUUGGGUUUUCGACCCAAUUCCAUCGGUUAGGGACUCGUAUAUCUAUCGGCAAUUCACGCCGUCUCAGCUAGGGUUUCGUAUAUCUAUCGGCAAUCAUGGCUACUGCAUCUGUGGCAUUCAAAUCUAGGGAGGACCAUAGGAAACAGUUAGAAUUGGAAGAAGCACGAAAGGCUGGGCUUGCUCCAGCUGAGGUUGAUGAAGAUGGAAAUGAAAUUAACCCUCACAUUCCACAGUAUAUGUCCUCAGCACCUUGGUAUCUCAAUGCCGAGAAACCUAGCUUGAAGCAUCAAAGGAAAUGGAAAUCUGAUCCUAAUUAUACCAAAUCAUGGUAUGACAGAGGUGCCAAGAUAUAUCAGGCUGACAAGUACAGAAAAGGAGCAUGUGAAAAUUGUGGAGCAAUGACGCACACUGUAAAAUCGUGUAUGGAAAGGCCUCGUAAGUUAGGAGCAAAGUGGACAGGGAAAAGUAUUGCACCCGAUGAGAAAAUAGAGAACUUUGAGCUAGACUACGAUGGUAAAAGGGACCGCUGGAAUGGGUUUGAUGCUGCGUCCUUUGUCCAUGUUAUUGAAAGGUAUGAAGCCAGGGAUGAAGCUAGAAGGAAAUAUAUGAAGGAACAACAGCUUAAAAAAUUGGAGGAGAAAAAUAAUAAUGAAAACAAAGAAGGUGAUGCAAGUGAUGAUGAGGAUUUGGAAGAUGCUUUGAAGGUAGAUGAAACCAAGGUCGAUGAAAGUAAGCAGAUGGAUUUCGCAAAGGUUGAGAAGCGUGUGCGAACUACAGGUGGUGGUAGUACUGGGACUGUUAGAAAUCUACGUAUCCGAGAAGAUACAGCCAAAUAUCUUCUUAACCUUGAUGUCAAUUCCGCUCACUAUGACCCCAAAACCCGAUCCAUGCGUGAAGAUCCACUUCCUGAUAUGGAUCCAAAUGAGAAGUUCUAUGCUGGGGAUAACCAAAACAGACUGAGUGGUCAAGCUCUUGAGUUCAAGCAACUCAAUAUUCAUGCUUGGGAAUCAUUUGAGAAGGGUCAUGACAUCCACAUGCAAGCAGCUCCAUCACAAGCAGAAUUACUUUAUAAAAAUUAUAAGAUCAAUAAAGAGAAAAUGGAGUUCCAAACCAAGGAUACCAUCAUGGAGAAAUAUGGCAAUGCAGCUAGUGAGGAAAUGCUGCCAAGAGAACUUCUAUUGGGUCAAAGUGAGAAGGAAGUUGAAUAUGACCGAGCUGGCAGGAUCGUUAAAGGACAGGAGAUGUCACUUCCAAGGAGCAAAUAUGAAGAGGAUGUUUACAUAAAUAAUCACACUAGUGUCUGGGGUUCCUGGUGGAAGGACCAUCAAUGGGGUUAUAAGUGCUGCAAACAGACAAUUCGAAACAGUUACUGUACAGGAACUGCUGGAAUUGAAGCAGCUGAAGCUGCUGGUGAUUUAAUGAAGGCCAAUAUAGCCCGCAAAGAAGCUGCAGAAGAUACCGAAACACCAACUGAACAAAAGAAGCUUGCUACAUGGGGUACUGAAGUGCCAGAUGAUCUGGUUCUUGAUGACAAAAAAUUGGCAGAAGCUCUUAAAAAGGAGGAUGAAAGGAAAAGAGACAUCAUUAAGGAUGAAAGGAAAAGGAAAUACAAUGUGAAGUAUAAUGAUGAGGUCACACCUGAAGAUAUGGAGGCUUACAGGAUGAAGAGGGUCCAUCAUGAUGAUCCUAUGAAGGAAUUUCUUCACUGAGAUUUGUGUUUGAAGUUAACUAUCCUAUGAAGGAAUUUCUUGACUGAGAUUUGAGUUUGAAGUUGAUGAUGAUCUUCUGCUGUAUGAUUGUAAUGCUUAGUGGCACUGUCUAGAAACGCUUGAAAUUGUUAAAGUAAAAUAUAAAGAGCAUACAAGCUCGAUUUGAGCGCUCUAAGAAGAAACUUGUCUUCUCAAGUUCUAGCAGUAAACUUGAAACUUGCACGUCUGUACGUAUAUAUGACGCAUAAUUGUUGAGUACUACAUAAAAAUGUUCGGCUGUCUUCAAGAUAGACUCUGUUUUGAUGAAUACCAG